AGGCCAUAGCUGAAGAACUUCAAGCUCUUGAGGAUAAUCAUUCAUGAGAGAUUGUUCACUUAUCUCCAAAUAUUAAAGUCAUUAGUUGCAAAUGGGUUUACUUAAUCAAAUUUUAUUCUGAUCUUACCUUGGAUUGCUACAUGUUACUUUUAGUUGUCAUUAGUAACAUUAAAGAAUAUGAGAUUAACUAUGAAGAAAAUUUUACUUCUAAAGUGAAAAUAACUAAAAUAAGAAUGAUUGCCUCAUGGUUGCUUCAUAAAAAUCGCCGCUGUACCAAAUGGAUGUUAAUAAAAUGCCUCUAUUUGUCGUGAUCUCAAGCAGAAAAUUUACAUGGCUCUUUUGCUUUGUGUUUUGCGAAAAAAUUUACAUCUAUUGUGAAAAAAACUAAAAUAAGAAUGAUUAUCUCAAUUGUUGCUUUAUAAAAAUGGUCACUUCAACAAAUGGAUGUUAAUAAUGCCUCUCUUGGUGGUAAUCUUAAGGAGGAAAUUUACAUGCCUUUUCUACUUUGUGUUUUGCCUCUUCUCCUAUAGAAGUUUGAGGAUUGAAACAGGUGCCCUAUGCAUGGUUUGAUAAAUUUUACUCAACCUUACAUUAUUUAUCUUUUAAAUAGAGCCAAUAUGAUUUAUCAUUAUUUCUCUAUAAUACAUCUAAUUGGAUUGCUCAUUCUUUGGUUCAUGUUGAUGACAUCAUUAUUACUGGAAAUUUUUUUCUCUAAUUAGUCAUCUACUAUAUCUUUAGGGAAUAUUCAAAAUGAAAUAUUUUGGUGCUCUUAUAUUUGAGGUUUGGAGAUUCGCUCCAAUUUCUCAAGCACUUUCCUGAACCAACAUAAGUAUGCACAAAAUCGGAUUACUUUGGUUGGCCUCUAUAAUUCUUCCUUUGCGGAUACUCCAUUAAAAGUAAACAAAAAAAUAUUAUUGUAAGGAAGACGAUCUUCUUCCUUAUCCACUAUAUUUAGACAAUUAAUAAAAACUUAAACUAUUUGAUAAUUCUUCGAUCUUAUAUUUUCUUAGUAGUUCAACAAAUAAGUCAAUUUAUUCAAAAAUCUCGUCACUUACAAUUGGUUGUCGGUCGUUGAAUCAUUUGAUAUGUUAUAUGGACGCUGAGCCAUGGUUUGUUCUUUCCACUUGGUUCUUCUCUUCAUCUUGUGGUAUAUAAUAAUGAGUAUUGGACAAUGUGCUCUACUACUUGAUAGUUAAUGAUAGGUUAGUGUAUAUUUCUUGAUAAUUCAUUGAUCACAUAGAAGAGUAAAAAUAAAUCUCACGCAUCUAAACAUUCUAUUGAGUAUUACCACAUAAUGUUUGCCACAUGUUCAUAGAUUAUCUGGCUUCAUGUUUUUCUCAGAACAAUCCCACCCAUCUUCAUUUGAUCUACAGAACCACAGGCACACUUUUGUCACUGCAGAAGAUUUUUCUUUCCUAUCCGAGCAUGGUAUAAACACCGUCAGGAUUCCUGUUGGAUGGUGGAUUGUACAGGACCCAGAUCCUCCAGCUCCAUUUAUUGGAGGAACAUUGGCAGCUCUGGACAGAGCAUUCUCCUGGGCAGAGGUCUAUAACAUCAGGUGCAUCAUUGAUCUCCAUGCUGCACCUGGUUCCCAAAAUGGAAUGGAACAUAGUGCUAGCAGAGAUGGUUCUGUUAACUGGCCAUCGACAGAGUACAUCACACAGAGUCUGGAUGUUAUUGAAUUUUUAUCUUCAAGGUAUGCAGAUAAUCCAGCUCUUUUGGGUAUUGAGCUAUUGAAUGAACCUUCUGCAGCUGCAGUUCCAAUAGAUAUUCUUGUAUCAUAUUACAAAAGUGGGUACCAAAUUGUUCGGAACUAUUCUUCUACAGCAUAUGUUGUAGUUUGUCAGAGGAUAGGCAAUGCAGACCCCAUGGAGCUAUAUGAAGCCAACAUUGGGGAUACAAAUGUUGUGGUAGAUGUACACUACUAUAACCUAUUUGAUGCUUAUUUUGUUGAUCUAAAUCCAUUACAAAAUAUGCAAUUCAUUUACGACAGCAGGGUGCCACAGUUGCAGGCACUAAACAACGCAAAUGGACCUCUCGUCUUUAUCGGUGAGUGGGUGAAUGAGUGGAAUGUGACAAAUGCUUCUCGAAGGGAGUAUCAAAUAUUUGGAAGCACUCAGUUAGAAGUUUAUGACACUGCUUCUUUUGGUUGGUCAUAUUGGACACUCAGAAGUGAAGAAAAACAUUGGGACUUCGAGUGGAGCAUUAGGAACAAAUACCUUGUGCUUAAUAAUUCUUGGAAGAAUGGCCUUAGCAGCUGUACCACGCUUGCUGUGAUCGUUUGGGCAAUUAUUUUGGCGUUCUAUGGAUCUUUGUUGCUCUAACCACACGACGCAAGGAGUUCAUCAGAACCCAGCAGAAAAUUACUGUGAACGUCGAUUCUUUCUUAUUAUUCUUUUGCUAUUCAUUCAUGGCUGUUGACCUGAAUAAAUUUUCAUAUUAAAAAUAGAAUAUUGAAAGAUAUUGAAUAUUUCUUGUAAUUUUAUUUUCAUAAAUGAAAGUUAUUUCUGUAAUAUUGUUGGCUCUAUCUACA